UUUUUUGCUUGUUAUUUAUAAAUACUUAAAACAAUGUUUUAUUCAAUAUAAUAUAUAGAUGAUAUGUGUUGAUGAAUAUGUAUUCAGACAAAUCACGUUUACAAUUUAUUUCAAUGUUUUCAAUAUAAAAUUCGCAUAACCUCAAAAAGUGCUCAAAGUUAUGAGAUAAAAUUAACGAAUAACAAUGGGGUUAAGCAAGUUUGUUUCCUUCUAUUUAUUAAAGAAGCACAUAAAACCACUAUUAUAUCGGUCAUUAAGUAAAACUAGCAAAAAGCCUCCCUGGAAAAUAUUAUUUUUUGGUGCCGACGAUUUUUCGAUAUUUAGUUUAGAGAAAUUAACUGAAGAAUACAGAAAAAAGGCACUACUAAGUAGACUUGAAGUUGUAACGACUGUGAAAGGCAAAGCCAAUGCUGUAAAAUUAUUUGCAGAAAAAGAAAAUCUUCGGUUACAUAAGUGGCCCCCUAGUAUUGGUGUGGGAGAGUUUGAUGUCGGCAUUGUUGUAUCUUUUGGGCAUUUAAUACCAAAAAGUAUUAUAGACCAAUUCCCUUUAGGAAUGUUGAAUGUCCAUGCAAGUCUUCUGCCACGUUGGAGGGGCGCAGCCCCAAUUAUUUACGCCCUAGCAAACGGCGAUACGGAAACGGGAGUCACUAUAAUGACAAUAAGUCCAGAAAAAUUCGAUAUAGGGAAAAUAGUUCGGCAAGAAUCUGUGUCAAUUCACCCUGAAAUGAGACAAAGCGAACUGUACGCCACUUUAGGAAAAUUAGGAGCCUCACAAUUAAUUAAAACCUUAGGGAACUUGCCUUCAAAUUUAAAUAACGCAAAACCUCAGCCAACAGAAGGAGUUACCUAUGCCCCAAAAGUGGAUCCCACCUUUGCAUCCAUUAAAUGGAAUCAAAUGACUGCUGAACAAAUCUACAAUUUGGGAAGAGCCUUGGAGGGCAUUUUUCCGUUACAAACAACUUGGAAAAGGAAGACAAUUAAAUUAUUAAAUAUAAAAAAAGGAAAUUAUUUAAACAGUCGUAAAAACAUCCAACCUGGAUAUGUGAAAUAUGAUAAGGAGAAAAACGUUCUGAAGGUUUUAUGCUCAGAUUUUCAGUACAUUGUAGUAGAAAAAGUUGGUGUAGUAGGUAAAAAAUUGAUGUCAUCAAGAGACUUUAAUAACGGCUUUGUAAAGAAAGAACCUCCUGAUUGUAGAUACUUUACAUAGUUUUAAUAAAUUUAUAUU